AUGGGUAUCAAUUUCACAGCUCAUCACGCCAAUCUCCUCUUCACAGCGGAGCCUUCAGAAACAACUGGGUGCGCGGUGUUGAUCCUCCGAAUCAAGAAACAGCAAGAACUUUUGACCCUCGGGGGGACUGGAGAGGCGGCAGCUAUGGAACAAAAGCAUCGGUCGAAUGCAUCGUUUCAUUCUAUUUGCCCUUACAUGAUGCAAUCUAAUCUCCAGGUACCAGGAAUAGAUCUUGAGGAGCAAUCGAGUCAAAACAAGAAGAAGAAGAAGAAAAAGAAGAAUGCUCAAAACUCAGGUACGAUUGAAUACUCCUCUGAGGAGGUGGAAGAAUCAAAAGAGGAGAUAAAUAAGCAGCUUGACGACAAGCUUGACCCUGUUCGUGACGAAGGCCCCAAGGAGUACAAGUCCCUUGAAGAGGUCAACAAACGGAUCAAAGCUGUUACGAAAAAGCUGAAGCAGGCUCAGCAAAUAUCCGCUGACAUGCAAAACGGCACUCAGGUCAACGAUGAUCAGAGGCGGAAGGUUGAAUCAAUUCCUCUCAUGGAAGCAGAAUUGAAUGAACUCCAAGACAAACUGCAGACUCUGAAUGUUUGA